AUGUCUUCCGUUCCGACUGUUAAGAGCGUCAACAAGGUCAUUCCUCGACCUUCAACCUUCCUCUCUCUGGCUCCUGAGACCUCGGCCUCGUACCCUACUGCCCAGGACAUCAAACCCGCCCUGCACCCGCGUCGCAGUUCUAGUGUGAGCAGCGCAGGCAGCGCACCAAGCCUUCGCGUCCUCAAGCUCGGCCCUGUCCACUACGGCGAGCACCCUGAUGAGCACAAGGAAGACUUCCACGAGGUUGCCGUCGAGGAAGCCCUCGAGUACCAGAUCCAUUCCUCGUCACAAAUCCCCCUUCCACUGAUGCGCGUGCGUACGUUGCACUGCGGCGGGGAAAGGAGACAGGGGAGUCUUGGCGAAGCGACUACCAGAGACUUGGCUUUUCCUUGGCAGACGGGGAUCCCCUUGAGCGCAUCCAGAGGCAUCCUUGCUCUGUUCGAGCAAACUGGGAAAUGUGUACAGAGUUUACUUCCAUACACUGCCUAGAGUAGUUAGUUUCUACAUGUAGGUAUCUACCAUAGUAGUACUCUAGUACUAGAUAGUGUUGUUAGUAUCUUGAUCAUCAUACUUACAGCGUUAGUGUCGAGAUAAUGUUUUCCCCAGAAGUAUGCAAUAGGUAGCGAGGAACUUAUCCACUCACAUCCUCCGCGUAGAAUGACCACAUCAGGCAAUAGAGUGGGUUGAAGACAAAAUGUUUCUAUUGCCU